ACACAGCAUUUUUACACACAUGUUAAUGUAGAUGCUAUCCAGUGCACCCAAGCUAUUUACUUUUUGAUUUAAACAUACAUUUUAAAAAUUGUUGACCCAGCAUUGGGUCAAAAAGGGAUGCGCCCAGCCCACUGAGUUGUAGUUGAAACCAUGCUGGGUUGUUUCAACCCAAAAUUCUGUGUUGUUUUAACCGAUUGUUGGGUCAAAUAUAAAAAUUUUCUAGGUUAAGUUCACCCCAGCUGCUCGUACCUUUUUGACCCAAUGCUGGGUUGAAAAAACCCCAGCAUCUUUAAGAGUGCAUGAUCAUUUGCUAGCACCAACUGCUACCAGUUGUGCUACAGAAAUGGGGUCAACAUUACAUCCACAGUGGCGUAGCCACGGGUGUACCGGUACCACCCACAGUGGCAGCUGGCACACCUAAUAAUGGAUGCAGAAUAUUUUUUAUAGUCUCAAUAAAAAAUUUUACUAAACUUGGGCUAUUGUUGUUUCUUUAGAAUAUAUAUAUAUUUUUAAAUAAACCCUUUUACGCGUAAGUUAAAAUAUUUUAACUGACCCCUUGUGUCCAUGGCGACGCGUCAUGAUUGUCACGUGACACACUGGUGUGUUUGAGAUCAUCCGGCGCUGCGCAGACCGAUCUGCAAGGUUUGCCUCUUGCACUCGAGGGAGGAACUGAAGACGGAGCCGUCAAGCCGGACACCUGGGGCACGUUCAAUCUCACACCGGUGCGCAACGUUUUGCUACGGUUUCCGGGUUGAACGACAUGUUUCCUUGAAACGUUGUGCAACGGAAUGCAACAGGUUUUAGAAGCGUUUUCUCUUGUUUGGUGGGUGUGUCAGAAAUGUCAGCCCAAUCAGCGGCAAGAUGUAUAAAACCACGCGAUAGUAAAGAGACAGCUCGCUCAAUGGGUUCAAGUUGGAAUGUUGUCUUUCAUUCUGGACGGCAAGGUCAGUGACUGUAACAUUGAGGGUCUUUUACAGUAUUAAACACACAUUUAUAACGAUUUCAUCAGGCUUCAGAAACAUUUAAAAAAGAACACAAAGAAUGGCCUCUCAGCUACCGUAGUUGCAACUCUUGCGUCAUCACAACAGGGUGUUCAAUGCUUCACCGUUUCUGUUUAAUAAACGUUGUGCAACGUUUCGUCGGGGCUGAACGCAGCCCUGCUGCUUGCCGUAGUAACCUGUGCGCCGUGUUUCCUUGUUUUUAAUCGCAAAUGAAGUGAAUUGGAUGCUGAAUUUGAUAAAAACAAACCUUUUAAUAAAAAGUUGCAACCAGAAACAUUUUAUAUCGAAUAUUUUAAUUGCUGCUUAUACUGUAUACCCGAAAAUAACGGGAAACAAGCCUAAAUUAUUAAAAUACCAAUAGAGUUUGUUAUUUUCAUUUUUAUUUUAUUACACGACACAAUAUAACAUAUUUAAGCAUAUUAAAGUGUUUUUUCUUGUUUUAAAACAUGAAUUUAUAAUGUUUAUUAGUGGAACUAAAGGUUGGAUUAAACUUGAAACGCACGUGAUCGUUGUCAUCAGUGAGGCGACCAAUCACGUUAAGCUGUUACGUCAUCACAACUCCGUGCAGCCGCUCUGGGGCACGUUCAAUCUCACACCAGUGCGCAACGUUUUGCUACGGUUUCCGGGUUGAACGACAUGUUUCCUUGACACGGUGUGCAACGGAAUGCAACAGGUUUUAGAUGCGUUUUCUCUUGUUUGGUGGGUGUGUCAGAAAUGUCAGCCCAAUCAGCGGCAAGAUGUAUAAAACCACGCGAUAGUAAAGAGACAGCUCGCUCAAUGGGUUCAAGUUGGAAUGUUGGCUUUCAUUCUGGACGGCAAGUUCAGUGACUGUAACAUCAACGAUACUAGGCUUGUUUGAGAUGCAGCUUGCCUUGCCUGAAAUUCAGACGAGAGCAGACGGCUGCAGUAAGGGGAGGAGUGAAAAAAGAGCUUUUAAGUCAGACACUUCACCAAUCUCGCAGUCCAGUCGACUACAAACGUCAGCAUAGGCAGAGAUUACGUUCGCGUAUUUUAUCGCGGAUUAAAUAGAUGCAACUUAAAUACCAAUAAAUUCAUUUACAUAAAGAUGUUUAUAAGGAGAAUCAACGAAGGUGAACUGUUCGUUACUGGAAAAGGUUACUUAGUAAAUGUUGGGAUGAAUAAAUCUAGUGGUAAUACAAAUUCGUUUCUGUUGUGUGAAAUAUAAACAGCUCACAGUACAAAUAAAUCAACACCAAUACAGAAGUUUACAGGAAUUCAUAAAAAAUAUAAAUGUCAUAAAGAACAAUUGAAUUAAAAUAAAAACUACUACAGGAAUUAGAGUUUUUAGAAGGCCAAUGAGCAUUAAGCUGUGUCGUCAGCAAGUCUUUUCCCAUCGUGCUUUUCGUCAACGCAGUCGGUGGAGAGCAACUGCGCUCGGCUGUAGAAUCCGACGAGCCCGCCUCUCCAUCGCGAGAGUUAUUUUGCACACGUCAGCGUGACAUCACAGCAACCCUGCGUUCCAGUUCGUUUUUUUAUGAACUUCCCUCGCUAACUUCCCUCAGUCUCGUUCACUCGGAUGUACGUCAUUGCUUACGUUGUACGAGUGCCCACUACUGCUAGAACACUUGAAGUGGGUUCAAAUGGAUCGCCCUAAGCCCUUGAUCACAUGGAAAGUGGAGACCGCCCCCUCCAUGUGCAAAGCGCGAGUUGCUGAAGUGACGUCACAAUCGUGUUGCAUUGUGGGAUAUGAAGCUGCAUGAAGUGUACAUAUGAAGCAGACUCGAUCCCUCGGUCAAAAUCGAGGGAGCGAGGGUCUGUCCAUACAAACUUCCCUCGUCCACUUGACGAAGUGGAACGCACUUCAAAAUGGCGACAGGGAUUCCCCCGAGGGGAAGUGCUUAGGGAAGUUCGCGAGUGUGUGUCUAAAACUGGAGUGGAACGCACCCCAAGUCGGACGUAAGUCGGACACUUUUCUAACCGACAUGCAUCUUGCGCGGAUCACCGGUGAUCGAUUCUGCGCAGAAUUAGCUCAUCUCAAACAAGCCUAUUAAUACGACAGUAUUAAACACACAUUUAUAACGAUUUCAUCAGACUUCAGAAACAUUUUAAAAAGAAUACAAAGAAUGGCCUCUCAGCUACCGUAGUUGCAACUCUUGCGUCAUCACAACAGGGUGUUCAAUGCAUCACCGUUUCAGUUUAAUAAAUGUUGUGCAACGUUUUGUCGGGGCUGAACGCAGCCCUGGAGAAGCUGCACCGGCUGAGCUAGCCAGCUACUCUCGAAACGCUCUUGAGGUACUUAAAAAUCAUAUGACACAGUCACGUGCCUGCAGCGCCAGCUGAAAGGUGUGUUCGACAUCGGCUGUGGCUGGAUGUAACCGAUCGGCGAGAUUAGCCGCGUGCAGGCGGGGAGGAGCUGAAAACGGAGACUUGAAGUCGGACACGCUGCGGUUUCCGUAGUUUGCUGCAUCUACGUCAGUUAUGGCUGAUCACGUGGUGUUUGCUUACUUUAUCGCAGACGAGCUGGAAGCGAUAGAAAUUCCUUUAUUCUUGCAUGAAAUUGAGCACAACGAGCAACGAAGGUGAGCAGGAUUAAUGUAAAAAGUAUUAAUUUACAUACUUUAAUAAACAAUAUACAUUAUUGUUAUAGUUUAAUACUUAUUACCUAGAAUCUGAAACCUACAUCGAAUAAAACAGUGUAGCAAACCAAAUAAGUGACCGAAUUGUUAAAGCUUCACAAUGUAUUAUUGAUGUAAUGAAUUUAAUCAAGAAAUAUGGCUUCUGUAAUCAAUGGUGGCUUGCCUGUUUGCUUACAUAUAAAGAUAUUCAAAUUCUGUUUACACAAAGAAAUAAUGUGCUUUUAUUACAAUACUAACACUCAUGUAUACCAUAAUUAUUUGAUUAAAAUCCUAGUUCAACAUAAACCUUGAAAUUUGUUUUUUUAACUACCUGUGUUUUCAGUUCCACAUAUAUUGUGACUACAAUUCCUCUUUCUGAUAUAUAGAAUGGUUAAAAAAAUAAUGAAUUUUGUUGAGGAUGUUGUCCCUCUCUACAGUCUCUCAGAAUUUAGAGGUCAUUUCAGGCUUUCCAGAGAACAAGUGGAGGAUGUCAUUACCACCCUUGGUCCAUAUGAAUUUACAGCAGACCAAACUGCCACUCAUAAACAGUGUUCUUGCCUGCCUUUGGACGUUGGCUAAUCAGGAGUCAUAUCGUGGGGUGGCAGAUAGAUUCAAUAUAACAAAAUCCACUCUUGCCAAGCAUCUCCAUGAGUUUUGUUGCUAUGUUAAUACAUACAUGGCCCACCACAUUUCCUGGCCCAGAGGCCAGAGACUGGAGUUGUCAAAAUUAGGGUUUGAUGCAGCAGGUUUCCCCAACACUGUAUUUGCAGUGGAUGGGUGUCACAUUCCUAUAAUGAGACCCCAUUGUGAUAAUCCCCUUGCAUACCUGAAUAGGAAACAGUUUUAUUCAGUAAAUUUAACUGGGUUUUGUGACAGCCAGCGGCGCUUUUGUCACAUCAGUGUGGGUCACCCUGGAAGUUGGCAUGAUGCCAGAGCAUUUCGCUUCACAGAGGUUGGUCGUCUUCUUGAAGAAAACCCCCAUACCCUUGUUCCACAGGGAAUGCACAUAAUUGGGGAUUCUGCCUACCCUCUGUUGCCUCAACUUAUGAGGCCUUAUAGAGACAAUGGCCACUUGUCUGCUAGGCAAAAACAAUUUAAUAGGAAGCUCAAUACUGCUCGCGUGGUCAUUGAGCAUGCAUUUGGCAUUCUAAAAUGUAAGUUUAGGAGACUCCAUUGCCUACAAAUGAGAAGAAUUUCAAGUAUCAGUUCAGCAGUCUCGGCAUGCUGCAUUUUGCAUAAUAUUUGUUUAGAGGCUAGUGAUGAUGUUGUCGUGGUAGAUGAUAGUGUUGAUGAUGAACCACCUCCCCAGCAACCCCACAACACUCACGCCUGUCAUUAUAGAGACCAGAUUUGUGGUCAGAUCUAAGUUGUAUGUCUAUACUGUACAUACAAACAACUGAAAAGAAAUGAGUAUUUAUCUGAAAUAAACUUUGCCAAUGUUUUUUUUUAUAUAAAAGUACUAUUGGAAUGUAAAGAAAUAAUUGGCAAAUGACAACCAGUUGACCUAAUUUGGUUUUGUUAAUUAAAUAAGAAUGUUCUUUGAGACUUGGUGACUUCUUUUACCUGGCUGAACACAAAGCAAAUUGGAUUUAAUUUGAGAGGUUGAAGUGGUGGUGGUGGUGAUAAACACACACACAUUAUUUCAUAUAUAGAUUUUGUAAUUGACAUGUAUUUGUUAUUUUUUAUUAAGCAGAUUUCCCAGGAUCAUUGACAACUUGAGCUUUGAAAUACAAUAGAUUAAGUGGCACCAACAUGCAGUUGUGUCAGUGCAAUAAACUUGAGCGUUUGUAAUUUAGAAUUGCUAAAGUUUGACACAUGUAAAAAGUGUUUAACACAUAGCUGAAUGAUAAAGGUAGGAUUUGUGUUGGAAAAACACUAUUGCACUUUAAUGAACAUUAGAGUAAAUGUGAUAUCUAGAAAAUAUAUAUUUGAUUUGAAUUAGUUGAUCAUUUACAAAUUGUAUAACUUGGGAACACAAAUAUAUAUUGUAGUAGAAAGUGUCUACAAUAUUUUCCCAAGUUAUACAAUUUGUAAAUGAUAAACUAAUUCAAAUCCAAAAUAUAUUUUAGUAUACAAUUUGAGAAAGUGUAAAUCAAAAGAGAGAGUCUACAUAAUCUUUACAGUAUCAUUUUAUUCAGGUUUAUUUGGGUUUUGUAGAAGUUUUAUAAUUUGGUCUUGUCUUUUUCCCAUUUUUUUUAGUUCCUCCACAAUGGUUCCUAAGCUGGUCAAAAUCUUUCUCUCAAACAAUCGCCUGCAUCUCUCCUUUAGUCGCCGCCAUCUCUCCAGGUCUGGCCUCACAAGGGACUCGAGCACAGCAGUCCUUCUCUCUGCAUGUGCCUCAUAAGAAUCGAGAAAUUGUGAGGGUUGUGGUCGUCUCUGCCUGCUGCUGAUGGCUGUGUUGUGCAUUGCAGAGGUUCCUGGCUGUGCAUCCAUCACAACACCUGAUGGCUGGUCUUGAGUAGUGGGCCUGCUUUCAGUGGAUGCGUCUUCCAAACCCAGAGGAGUGGAUUGAAUGGUACCAGGUGGCGCAGUACCAAUUCCUGAUGACCCAAAUAAAUCAUCCAUUUGCUGAGGGGUGGAAAAGAGCAUGUAAAAAAUCUUUGAUGCAAUACCUUGUGACUCAUGUUUGUCUGACUGGAUAGAGGGGGGUGACGUUUGAAUGGCUUCUGAAGGGUUUUCACAUACUGCACCAGAUUGGAGAGUGGCAGAUGGUGGGUCCUUUACAGUGGAGCUGUGAGAGUCGUGAAGCACCCGAAUUCCACAGUUUCUCUGGAAAUACAAAGUGUCAAAUUUUGUCAGGACACAACUGAUAAAACCUGGCAUCCUCUUGGUUCCUCUUGGAGGAACAGUCGGUGUAUGGACUGUACAUGUUCUGCUGAGUUAAUGGAAUGCUGUGAUGUAAUGAAGAAUCCUGUUAAUUAUCCGGACAAGUGCACAGUGGAAAGAGAUUACACAACAUGCACAGUUCAAGUUGUUGAGAAAAAACAAUGUCCUUAUUCUGCCACUGGUAAAUAAAUGCCAUCAAUGAAGAAUUAAUAAAAGUAUUGAUGUAUCCACUGAUUUACGAAACAAUAACUUUCACUGGUUUAAUUUGGACAUUAACAUAAUAAAAAAUGAAACAAUACACAAGACAUAAAGAAUAUAGAAAUGUUAAGCAUAAAAUAUAUAUGAAUUUAAUAACUUGUGUCAUUUAAUACUAGAUAAGAGAAUGUAACGCCUUUAUUUACAGUGAAAUAAUAUUGCAUAAAAAAAGAAAGAAAAGCACAGAUGUAUUUUAUAAAUUUAAAUGUAAUUUCAAUAGUAAAUACUAACACAAAACUGUGAUACUCAUUCUACAUCUGUGUUUAUAUAAAUAAAACAAAAUAAUUAUUGCUUGUUUGUUUGUUGUAGCCAAAGCCAGCUCAUCUUAAUAUCUUGCCAUUUUUCUGAAUAAAGAUCCUCUUGCUUA